CCACAACACCACGUCUAGUCAUGCAGGACGAGAACGACGACAACGCUCAGCACGACUCGCCCGCCGAGCAGGGCCGCUCCCAGCCCAAGCGUCGUCGCACCUCGACCAAUCCGUCGUCGCGCGGCGUCGCCAACCUCACUCCUGAGCAGCUCGCCCGCAAACGCGCCAACGACCGCGAGGCCCAGCGCGCCAUCCGCGAGCGCACCAAGAAUCAGAUUGAGCGCUUGAAUCAGCGGAUCCGCGAGCUCGAGUCGCAGCAGCCCUACCAUGAGCUCCAGUCGGUCCUGCGCGACAAGGAGGCCAUCCAGGCCCAGAACGAUGACAUCCGCCGCCGCCUCUCGACCGUCAUGACCCUCCUUCAGCCCAUCCUGGGCAAUCACGGUCUCAAUGAGCUGGCAGCCGCCGCCGAGAGGAGCCCUCUCCAGCUUCCGCCCCACGAGGCCGAUCCUCGAGCCCAGCAACACAUGCACAUGCCCGAUCAACGCGCCUUUCAUCCGUCCGUGCCCGCCGUCCAAGAGCCGGGUGUGCCUCACGACCAGACCAAUGCCUCAUCGCCCGGCAGCCAGGCAUCCAACGGUCGCCAUUGGGCUUUCCCGGGCGUGCCACCCACCAGCCACGUCCGCGGAUGGCACCCCCAGCAAACACCCUACGACCAGCCGCGCCCGAGCAAUAUCCAUCCAGACCUUGAAUACGCGCAAUCGGAUGAGCGCUUGGGAGUCAACUUCCUCCUGGAUAACAAUCAGCGUAUGGCCAAGCUGAACAAUGGCGUGGGUCAUGGCGGUCCGGGCAUGCAAUCGUCUGGUUUGGACUUUAACGGACGUCCGCUCGAGGCAUCGAACACACUGCCGCGCAACCUCGAUCCAACGUGCGUACUCGAUAGCUUGCUGAUAGACUUUCUGGGAGAACAACAUGCGCGGGCGGCCCAGGGCGUGCCAUUAAAAACGCUCGUGGGACCUGCGUAUCCCAACUUUUCAUAUCUGCUGAAUCCCGACCGGGAGGUUCAGAGCCAUCCGCUGUCCAAGGUAUUCACGGACAUCCUCCGCACCUUCCCGGACAUCUCUGGGCUGGCGGAGAAGGUGGCUGUGCUGUACAUCAUGUUCCUCUUUAUGCGGUGGCAGAUCGAGCCCACGCAGGAGAACUACGAGCGACUACCCGACUGGAUCACACCACGGCCAAGUCAGCUGUUCACGCCGCAUCCUGUGUGGCACGAUUAUCUGCCCUGGCCCCGCCUCCGCGACCGCAUCAUCGCCCUGCAGCCCCAGCAGGCCUUUGACAACUUCUUUAUUCCAUUCACUACCAGCCUGUGCCUAAACUGGCCUUACGAGCAACGUGACGUGCUGUUGCCGGCAUCGGCCUCGACGCCUGUCAGCGCCGCCCUAGCCUCGACCACAGACCCGGCGCUGACGGCCUUGAGCGCGGGGACACAGAGCCAGAGUGCGACGUCGCAGCAGGCGCCGCCGCCAGCGCAGCAGCAGCCGGGAAGCGGGGCAAACAGCAGCAGCCUUGGCACUCCUGUUCCCACUGACGAUGCGGAGGAGUGGGUCAUCAACCCGGCGUUCGAGGCGCACCUGCGCAACCUCGAGAACUGGAGCCUCGGCCCCGCGUUCCGUGUAGCGUUCCCUCAUCUGGCGAACUUUGUCAAGAUUCAGGGUUGA